AUGGUAAGAAAUCGUUUUACAAGAACGGUUGAGGAUGAGAACUUUGGAACAGGUAUUAUGGUCUCUCGUCGCCAGGAAUCGGAGAUCAUCUGUGCAGAAAGAGACUCGUUGAUGAAGGAUGUCGUCAUACUACACCUUUCCUAUCAAGCUUUAGCCAAAACCCGUAAUCCUUUAGCCAAAACCAGAAAUGCUCUAGCCCAAACCAACUAUCCUUUAGCCUUGACCUACAUUCCUUUAGCCAAAACCAGCAAUGCUUUGGCCAAAACCCGUAGUCCUUUAGUCUCAACGCACAAACUUUAG